CGCUCUAAUAACACUUCAUCUUCCGAGUUCCGAUUGUCCGGGGUUGGUGAGUUGGUCUGUUGGUGGCCGGGGCGCGGGCGCGCUUACCUGUUCUCCCUCGCGUGGAGCUCUUUGACUACGCCCGCCAGCUGCGCGUGUGUAUAACCUUGCUUGCUUGCCUCUCACAGCCGAAGUCGCAGGCGCAGUCAGGAGCUAUCGGGAAAACGGGAUUUCCCCCAGCUUUCCAAGGUUCGCGGGUCAAUCUCGCAGUGAUACUCCGGCGGCGGCAAUGGACGCCGGCGAAAUCAUCGUGGCCCAGCCAUCGCCGCGGCUGUAUAAGAGUUUGACUUUCCGGAGGAUCGCGACGAAGGAAAGGACCAUUCCCCAGGAUGAAGAGAUGAAGAUUCGCAGCCCGAGGUUCCAGGACGAAAGCCUCACUGCGCCAUUUAUACUAGACAAGAAAGCGAGGAGCAAAGCGCCAACAGUGGUCCUAGGAUUCGAGUGCUUGGAGAGCACAGCAUUUAACGGCAUUGCCACGAACCUGGUGGUGUACCUGGAGACUCUCCUGCACGGCAGCAAUCUCGCGAGCGCGUCCAAUGUCACGACGUGGUUCGGGACGAGCUACCUCACCCCGGUGUUCGGCGCCAUCAUCGCCGACACGUUCUGGGGCAACUACAACACCAUCCUCGUCUCCCUCGUCUUCUAUCUCCUUGGUAUGAUGCUGGUCACCUUCUCGGCGUUCCUGCCGACCACCGCGCUGUGCACCGUGGUGGGCUCGUCGUGCCAGCAGCCACUUCUUGGCGCGCAGACCAUCGCCUUCCUCGGGCUCUACCUCGUGGCGUUCGGAAGCGGCGGUGUGCGCGCGGCGCUGCUGCCGUUCGGCGCGGACCAGUUCGACGAUGACAACACGGCCGACCGCGAGCGCAAGAUGUCCUUCUUCAGCUGGUUCUACAUCUGCGUCGACUUCGGGAUGAUCGUGUCGGGCCUUUUCAUCGUGUGGAUCCAGCAGAACGUUAGCUGGGGACUUGGCUUCGGCAUCGCCACGGCCUGCAUCGCGCUCGCCUUCGGCGGCUUCGUGCUCGCCACGCCCAUGUACAAGCGCCGCAUGCCCACAGGCACGCCGAUCAAGAGCCUCGCGCAGGUCGUGGUUGCCGCGUGCCGGAAGGCAAGACUCCGUGUCCCCGCGGACACUACUCUUCUCUACGAAGUCCAUGACAAGAUCAACCAGUCGAAGAUAGCGCACACCGACCAGUUCGGCUUUCUUGACAAGGCCGCGGUGGUCAUGGAGUCCGACUUGGAAGAGGAAUCGAACGACGUCGCGGCGGAUGCCUCGUGGAGGAUCUGCACGGUGACGCAGGUCGAGGAGCUCAAGAUCCUGCUGCGGCUAUUGCCGAUAUGGGCGACGAGUAUCGUGCUUUCGGCGGCGUACGCGCAGCUGAACACGACGUUCGUGCAGCAGGGCGCCGCGAUGAACAUGCGGAUCAUGUCGUUCACCAUCCCGCCCGCGUCGAUGGUGUCCUUCGAGGUGCUCUGCGUCCUGGCAUGGGUUCUCAUGUACAGCUCCGUGAUCGUGCCCAUGCUCAACAGCUUAUCCCUGGCCAACGGCGAGCCGUCGCAGCUGCAGCGGAUGGGCGCGGGGCGGCUGCUCAUGGCGUUCGCGAUGGCCGUCGCGGCGCUGGUGGAGAUGAUGCGGCUGGACGCGGCGGGGCGCGGCGAGUCCCUGAGCAUCGCGUGGCAGAUGCCGCAGUACUUCGCGCUGGCCGGCGCGGAGGUGUUCUGCUACAUCGCGCAGCUGGAGUUCUUCUACAGCGAGGCGCCGGAGUCCAUGAAGAGCAUGUGCACGUCCCUGGCGCUGCUCACCGUGGCGCUGGGAAGCUACAUGAGCUCAUUCAUCUACGCCGUCGUGAACGCGUUCACCGCCGUGGACGGGCGGCCCGGGUGGAUAUCGGACAACCUCAACGAAGGACACAUGGACUACUUCUUCUGGGUCAUGGCGGCGCUGUGCACGCUCAACUUCGUCGUGUACAGCGCGUUCGCCCGGACCUACAGGGUGAAGCUGGUCGUGUCGUGAUUGUUCGUUACUCCCUUACCAUGAUCAGGUUACACGCAAUCGUGGUCGUAUUGUGUUACAGAAGAAUCUUGUACUCCUAGCUAGCAAUAGCGACAGCCGACAGUAUGUGUAAAGUUCAAGGAAAAAAAACAAGGUUUGAUGGGCUGACAGCCCAGCAGCUUCCUUUAUGGGCCGUGUGCUUGCCACCGGGGCUGAUCGGUCCAAAAGGCUACUCCAAUAAAAGGAAAACGUCCACUUUGAUUCGUAA